UAUUUCUAUUUUCAUUUUUCUUACCCUGUUUGAUUUUUCUAAAGAUGUCCAUCCAAUAUGGACAUACAAAAUUCAACAGGCAUAUCAGAAUUCCAUCUCCUGGGACUCUCAGAGGAUCCAGACCUGCAGCCCAUCCUCUUUGGACUGUUCCUGUCCAUGUACUUGGUCACAGUGUGUGGGAACCUGCUCAUCAUCCUGGCUGUCAGCUCUGACUCCCACCUCCACACCCCCAUGUACUUCUUCCUCUCCAACCUGUCCUUGUCUGACAUCAGUUUCAUCUCCACCACGGUCCCAAAGAUGCUCAGGAACAUUCAGACUCACAGCAGAGUCAUCUCCUAUGUGGGCUGCAUGACUCAGAUGUCUAUUUUUACCAUUUUUGGAUGUAUGGAUUAUAUGCUUCUGACUGUGAUGGCCUAUGACCGAUUUGUAGCCAUCUGUCACCCCCUGCAUUAUUUGGUCAUUAUGAACCCUCGUAAAUGUGGCUUCUUAAUUUUGGUGUCAUUCUUCUUUAGCCUUUUGGAAUCCCAGGUGCACAUUUUCAUGAUUUUCCAAAUCACCAACUUCAAGGAUGUGGAAAUUGCUAAUUUCUUCUGUGACCCUUCUGAACUUCUCAAUCUUUCCUGUUCAAUCAUUUUCUCUAAUAAUAUUGUCAAGAGUUUUCUGGGAGCCAUAUAUGGGUUUUUCCCCAUCUCAGGGAUCCUUUUCUCUUACUACAAAAUUGUUUCCUCCAUUUUGAGAAUCUCAUCCUCAGGUGGGAAGUACAAAGCCUUCUCCACCUGUGGUUCUCACCUGGCAGUUGUUUGCUUAUUUUUAGGAACAGCCUUUGGGGUGUACCUUGGAUCAACUGUGUCACAUUCUCCUAGAAAGGGUGCAGUAGCUUCAGUGAUGUACACUGUGGUCACCCCCAUGCUGAACCCCUUCAUCUACAGCCUGAGGAACAGGGACAUUAAAGGUGCCCUGAGGAGGCUGCACAGCAGAAAUGUUUAA